CGCUUUGUGCCGGCAGCCGCGGCAGGACGGCACGAAAGCCAUGGAAGAGUUAAUAGUUGAGCUGCGCCUGUUUCUUGAACUUCUGGACCAUGAAUAUCUAACUUCCACUGUCAGGGAGAAGAAGGCAGUAAUAACUAACAUUCUCCUGAGGAUACAGUCAUCAAAAGGUUUUGAAAUAAAAGAACAUGUACAGAAGCAAGAAGUCGCCAACAGUUUGCCGGCACCUCCUCAAAUGCCUCUGCCAGAAAUACCUCAGCAGUGGCUGCCACCAGACAAUGGGCCUCCACCAUUACCAACAUCUUCCCUUCCUGAAGGCUAUUACGAAGAGGCAGUGCCACUUAGUCCUGGGAAGGCUCCUGAGUACAUCACUUCCAAUUAUGACUCAGAUGCUAUGAGCAGCUCUUACGAAUCCUACGAUGAAGAGGAGGAGGAUGGAAAGGGGAAGAAAAUGAGACAUCAGUGGCCUUCUGAGGAGGCCUCUAUGGAUCUGGUGAAGGAUGCCAAAAUCUGUGCCUUCCUCCUUAGAAAGAAACGAUUUGGGCAAUGGACCAAACUACUGUGUGUUAUCAAAGAAAACAAACUACUGUGUUACAAAAGUUCCAAGGACCAGCAGCCCCAGAUGGAGCUGCUCCUGAAUGACUGCAGUAUCACGUACAUUCCCAAAGACAGCAAAAAGAAGAAGCAUGAGCUGAAAAUCUCACACCAAGGAGCAGAUGCCCUGGUUCUGGCAGUGCAGAGCAAAGAGCAGGCGGAACAGUGGCUAAAGGUUAUAAAAGAUGUGUGCAGCAACUGUACGGGAGCUGUAGACUCCGAUGGGCCGUUGUCUAGUUCUCCAGUACACAAGACGGAGCUGGAAAAGAAGUUGUCAUUUGAGAGGCCAAGCUCAGAUGGGGAGGGUGCUGUGGAAAAUGGCACCACUACCGUGUGCAAUGGCAAAGAGCAAGUGAAGAGGAAAAAGAGUUCAAAAUCAGAAGCCAAGGGCACUGUGACUAAAGUAACAGGGAAAAAAAUAACGAAGAUCAUUGGUUUAGGAAAGAAAAAGCCAUCAACAGAUGAACAGACCUCAUCAGCUGAAGAAGAUGUUCCAACAUGUGGAUAUCUCAAUGUGCUCUCAAAUAACCGUUGGCGUGAGCGCUGGUGCAGAGUGAAAGAUAAUAAACUCAUUUUCCACAAGGACAGGACAGAUCUGAAGACACACAUUGUUUCUAUCCCUCUCCGUGGCUGCGAAGUCAUCCUGGGACUGGAUUCGAAGCAUCCCCUGACCUUCCGCCUGCUCCGAAACGGGCAGGAGGUCGCUGUGCUCGAGGCAUCCUCCUCUGAAGACAUGGGCAGAUGGAUAGGAAUUUUGCUGGCGGAAACGGGGUCUUCGACAGACCCCGGAGCUCUGCACUAUGACUACAUCGAUGUGGAAAUGACGGCAAGCGUCAUCCAGGCUGCAAAACAGACCUUCUGUUUCAUGAACAGGCGAGUUAUAUCUACAAAUCCGUAUCGGGGAAGCGCUGCCAAUGGCUACGCCUGUCCGAGUGGAAUGGCACUUCAUUAUGAUGAUGUUCCCUGCAUAAAUGGAUCGUGGGAACCAGAAGAUGGCUUUCCUUCUUCUCGUAGCAGGAACAUUGGAGAAGAAAUGCUUUAUGAUAACGCAGGCCUGUACGAUAACUUGCCGUCUCCAAAAAUCUUUGCGCGCUAUCCGCCAGCUGACAGAAAACCCAAUAGGUUAUCUACUGACAAACUCUCCUCUAACCAUUACAAAUACCCUGUCUCAUCCAAUCUGUCUUCUGCUCAGUCUGUCACUAAUACCUCUGCUGUGGGGAGGGGAUCUGGCUCGCAGUUUAAAGGCAAGAAGCCUCCUGCAACUGCUAAUGGGAUCACCGGAAAAGGGAGAACUUUAAAUAGCCAGCCGAAGAAAUCUGAAUCAGUGUCAUGUGUGAAGCGCACUGCAUCCAAUGCGGAGCAGUACAAAUAUGGCAAGAAUCGUGUGGAGGCAGAUGCAAAGAGGUUACAAAGCAAGGAGGAGGAGCUGCUAAAGAGGAAAGAAGCACUCCGGAAUAGGCUGGCCCAGCUCCGAAAAGAAAGAAAAGAUCUACGCGCUGCCAUUGAAGUCAAUGCUGGCAGGAAGACCCAAGUGAUUCUUGAAGACAAGUUAAAGAAGUUGGAAGAGGAGUGUAAGCAGAAGGAGGCUGAGCGUGUAAACCUGGAGCUAGAACUGACCGAGGUGAAGGAGAGCCUUAAGAAAGCCUUGGCUGGUGGCAUCACACUGGGCUUGGCUAUUGAGCCCAAGUCAGGAACAUCAAGCCCACAGUCUCCAAUUUUAAAGCACCGAACUUUGGAAAACUCUCCAAUCUCCAGUUGUGAUACCAGUGAUACCGAAUGCUCAAUACCUGUGAACAGCGCAGCAGCUCUGAAGCGACCUCCCUCGUCAAGUAAUUCUCCAUGUCGAGGCCAUGUCCUUCGAAAAGCAAAGGAAUGGGAGAUGAAAAAUGGAACAUAAAUAUAGCAAAACCACUCACUUUCCAUAAAGGCCUUACCUAUUAUGGACCAAGACAUAGGCUGCAAAAGACUCAUCUGAAAAGUGGUAUCAAGUGAUACAACAUAAGAGGUUUUAUAAUUCUGUUAAAUUAAUGGUAGCUUGGCGCUAAUUUGCCUGUAUUCCCUCUACUGUAUUGCUGUGUAACUACGUGUGCCCCUCUUUAUUAGCUGUAACUCUUUAUUUCCAACUUCACUGGUAAAGAAAAUGAAAACCAAAAAACCCAAACCAACCAUAGUAAUUAAAAAGGAGCAUAAAGUCGCAGUUGAAAGUUUACUUUGCUGAAACAGCGUAGACCAGCAAUGUUAAUUCUAUUGCAUCAGAUGGCCUGAACACCACUGAAGACUGGUGCCUUAAGACCGAUGUGAAAUCGUAACUCUUACAGGUUAAAACUGACUUUCAAGGUCUGCCACAGAGGUGGCUGAGCGAAGUCUUGCUCGUUAGCAGUCGCUUUGCUGUUAGCUGUUCACGUGGCAAAAGAAAACUGAAGAAAUGUAUUCACAGAAAUGGCAUGGCUUGCUUGGCCGGGAAGGCAGGAGCUCUUCAGUGCCACUGUCGUCUACGCUGGUGCGAGACCGUGGGAUGACACAACUCAGCUGUGGAGCAUUUUUUGGAUACUUUUUAGACAGAUGCUUUGUCACUGGGAGAUAAAAAGCUGCCAUACUUUGAAAAAAAAUGCAUUUUAGUACAUUCUCUUUAUUACUAUUCAGAAGCACCAGUCAUUUGCAAAGGUCAUGUUGUUGAACUAUGACUUGUUCCUGAUUUUUUUAAAAGGCAAACAGGUAUUUUUAGAUACUGCUUCUUUUCUAUACUUUUUGAAAAAGAAAAAGAAAAUGUAAUUGAAAUUAAUCCUCAACAGAUAAUGGCAACUCAGAAUAGCUUAUGCAGUCAGUCUUGUUUUGUUUUUUGUUUUUUAUAAUAUAGUAUUGUUAAACUUGAGUUAUAGAACACUGCUGUACUUAGUUUCCUUCAUCUUUUCAGACCUCAGCUAUUAUUUUUGAGGAAGACGGACUGAAAAGAUGAUAAUUUCCAGACUCUUUUAUAAACAAUUUUACAAAGAAUUGGGGAUUUUCUCAGACAGGAGUCCAUUUCUGUUUACUAGGAAACAGCGUCUUGCAUUUUAGUGUGUAAAAUUAUAGAAUAUAAUGUUCUGUUCUUCUUUGUCUCCAUCCAUGUCACUCCUGAGAACUUACAUGCAGAAUAUUGCCAACUAAAGUCCUUCAAAAUCUCAAGAUUGGCUUUAAAAAAUCAGGAGAGAGAGAGGGAAAAACACAUGUAAUGAAUUGGGUUCUUUUAAUUUUUUCUCUGUGUUUUUUUUAAGCCUUUGGAGAGCCUUCAAUCACAUUCUCAAGAUUCUUUUCCUCCUCAACUGUGAGGACUAGAAAAUUACUUUAAUUAAAAAAAUUAAAAUACUACUCAAAUUUUGAGAUAAUCACAGAUGUUAGGGCUGGAGUCUUGAUAAUUAGUUAAGACUUGCAAUUAAAACCACAGAAGUUGGCAAGACAGCAAUUACCAAGGAUCACAUGCCUUUAUGGCCCAGCCUAUAGUUUGUCUCUUAGCUUUAGGAAUAGGUGUAUGUAACUCCUGAAGGGUACACUGGGAUUUCCAGCUGAGCUGGAUGCCAGAGGACUUCCCGCGGGAGCUGGUGGGAUUUGAAGGCACAGAGCUAUCAGAAAGACCUGAUAGCUGCUAGGACACAGGGCUGUGUCCUGUUCCCAAAUGCAAUUAGUGCCAGGGAUCCCAUUGACCUUAGCAGAGUAGAAAUGGGGCCCAACAUGAGAAAAGGCUCUUUGCCUCUUGGGACUAUGCUUUGUACAAAGUGCCGCAGGAAUGCAGAUACAGUAAGGAAGCAAGUGUUAGUGUGGUUUUUCACUGAAAACAGGAUUUUUUUAUAUUAUUUUAGGUCAUCUGCUUACUUACUAACUCUAUAAGUGGAGAGCACAUUCUAUGCUGUAUGACUAUGGACUAAAC